UAACCAUUAAGCUCCUCUUCUCAGUUAUAAAACACCAUAAAUGGGACUACUGACCUUUAAAGGUUGUACUAAACUACUCUAAAAUGCGGUUUUUACUACGGUUUUACUAAUACUGUUGCAGAUGGUUGUCAGUGGAAAUGAAACAUUGAGUGUUCUUGAAAUGCGAGGACCACUUCAGGAUGAACCGGACAACCAGCCUUUGGUAUCCAAAGGGAAGAAACGUCCGGCUACUGUGGAGUCUCCACAACCAGAUACGAAGUUGAAUACAGCUUCGACGAAAACACAACGCAAACGGAUAAAACGCAAGCAGAAGCUGGCCGAAAAGCUGGACUUCAAAGCCAAGCGACCCAAACGAGAUGACCAGGAACCCCCUGUCUCUGCAAAAAUUAUUCUUCCAAAAACCAAGGGUUAUGUAUCGUUAUUAGAUACUGAAGAAAAGAGGCUAUCUGCGGCGAAGGCCCGACUUGCUGAAAUGUACACGAACGUCUUGAAGAUUCAGCCGAUUCCGCGACCUUGCCCCCCUGGACUUUUGAGAGACUUAUGUCCCCUCGCAAUCAGUAUUCGGAUUCCGACGAAGAAUGGGGCUGGCUAUGCAUUUUUACAGUUUCGGAACCAAGUUGAAAUGGAUGCAGCUCAGAAACUACUCACCACUAAAUCUUUGGGCCCCAAGCCUCUGCAGGUCACCGUAGCCUCUCCAGCCUGUCGAUCGAAUGCCGAAGAUUGGCAUGGACCAGAAGCCCGAACAAUGAGUGAUUUUGAUUGGAACACAUUAUUCGUGACCCGUUUGCCCCGUGCAACAACUCGAUUAGAUUUGGGUCAGGUGUUUCGAAAAGCACGUGGCAUCCGUUUGUCCCUUUUCGACGACGGUUCGUGCAAAGGAACCUGUACUCUGAAAUAUAAAUCGCCGUCCGACGCUUUGCAAGCCUUCGAAACCCGGCACGGAACGUUCAUUCGUGGUUCGCCGAUUUAUGUUAACUUUGCGCUGAAUUCGAAGAAGCCCAAACCUUCACCACCUAUUAUGCCAAUGGAGACGGAGGACCUUGUUUCAUCGGAGGAACGUUCAGAUGCGACAAAGUCAAUCAAAAAGACAGUCGAUCGAACUCCUAUAAAAUCACAUUCCGACGAGUUUGUGAUUGAUAAGAAACCAGCUUCCGCCCAGUCACAGACGGCUGUGGCAUACAAGUCAGACAAAAAGACAAGAAAAGGUGCCACAAACCUUCCACAGGGUGCUGAUCCUAAGAUUCUCGCCAAACAUCAGUUGAAGCGAAAGGGUGCGGUGGCUUCAAAGUGCUCCGUCCCAUCUCCUUUGGAACUUCUACUUCGUCCGCCUGCUUCUAAACCCAAGAGUGCGAAGAAAUCAAAGAAGCUCACGAAACGGGGAAAACCGAGCAAACACCGCUAACUUCCAGGAAUCGCGAAUUGUGUACAGAUG